ACUUUUGGGCCCGUCGUCCAUACAAGAUGCCUAGCAAGAAGGUUAUCAAGAAGAAAGUCGCCGCUGUUCCGGCGCACAUUCGUGCCCAAACUCAAGUCCAGAAGGAAGUGAAGAACCCACUCUUCGAGAAGAGAGCUCGCAACUUCAACAUCGGACAAGACAUCCAGCCAAAGAAGGACGUCACCCGAUUCGUCAAAUGGCCAAAGUACAUCCGUCUCCAGCGUCAAUCCGCCAUUCUCCAGAAGCGCCUGAAGGUUCCACCAACCAUCAACCAGUUCAGAACCGCUCUUGACAGCCAGUCCGCUAGACAAGCCUUCAAGCUCUUGGACAAGUACCGCCCGGAGUCGACCGAGGCCAAGAAGAACCGUCUCCGUGCUCGUGCCGAGGCUCGCGCUGCUGGAAAGAAGGAGGAGGUCACCAAGAGACCAAACACCGUUCGCCACGGAGUCAACACCAUCACCAGACUCGUCGAGACCCGCAGAGCUCAAUUGGUUCUCAUCGCUCACGACGUCAACCCACUCGAGAUCGUGCUCCACCUUCCAGCCCUCUGCAGAAAGUACAACGUUCCAUACGCCAUCAUCAAGGGAAAGGCUUCCCUCGGAACCGUCGUCCGCAGAAAGACCACCGCCGCUGUUGCUCUCGUCGAUGUCAACCCAGAGGACAAAUCUGCCUUGAACAAGCUCGUCGAGACCGUCAACAACAACUUCAGCGAGCGUCACGAGGAGAUCCGCAAGCACUGGGGAGGAGGUGUCAUGUCCGCCAAGUCUGAUGCCAAGAAGCUCAAGAUCGAGCGCGCUCGUGCCCGUGAUCUUGGAAAGCUCUAAAUUGUUUUUGUUGAUAAUAAAAACUUGUUAUUC